AUGUCUGCUUAUGCGCAUCAGAUGGAGAGGGAAUUCUCAGGUCUCUCCAGCCGAAACAAUUCUGAGAUGGGAAGUCGAUUUUCGAUAGAUUCUGGAUGUUACAUGACAUCUUUAGCAGCUACCAUCUUCAUAGCUUCUCUUGUAACAUUUGGAGUGUUGAUGCUAACACUUCUUGUAGCUAUUUCAACCAUGUUACAGAGCUGCCAAAACCAAAACCCUGGAGUCGUCGAGGUCCAAAGAUUUGAUGACGAGAGUUUCGGUUACUGCAAGAUCUUGUCUCUACACUCACAGCUCAACAGUAUCGAAUUACCAUUGUUAUGCAGAGAUGUUGCUUCACGCAGAAUCAAACAAGGAAUCUACUUGAGAGAGUUAAACUUCACUGUCCAAAUUGCUCUCUCUUAUUUCCAAACCAUCAAACCGAUGAAAAAUAACCGAGAUGUUGUUGUCAUCGAUAUCGAUGAAACCAAUCUAUUAGAAGAAGAUAGUUAUAUUGAAGAAGCAAAGCAACAGAAAAGGAAGCUAACACUUGAGCUAUACUCUAAGCUAAGAUCACAAGGCUAUUCAAUGUUUCUGUUAUCAAGAAGACAUGAAAGAGAGCGGAAUGCAACAACCGAGGAGUUAGAAUCUAGAGGAUAUGGCGGUUGGUCCCGUUUGAUCAUGAGGGAAAAUGAUGCUAGACAGAAGCAAGAACUAGAAGGAGAAGACCGAGUAGUUGGAGUUAUUGGUAAUCAUAUGGAUGUGUUAACAGGCCAGUGGAAUUGGCAAAGAGAAAUCAAAUACAGGCAAAAUCUAGAGAAAGAUUUUUCAAGAGUUAAGAAGCUCUAUGUUCAUGUGUCAGUUACAACCCUAAGCCUCUGA